AUGAUGCCAACUCUUCUCCGUUUUGCAACCCUGACGGUUGUCUUGGAGAUCUCUGUUGAUGAUCGUCGCGGGCUCUUAUAUUUUCGCCAACUUGUCGGUGGACUCUACAGUCUCAUGGGUCGCAUCUCAGUGAUGCUGCCGUUACUUCUACGAUCCCCUCCCCGUUCCGAUUUCGAUGUCCCUGUUGAGCUCCUCUUGCCUCACUCCCGUGAUGCUAUAUGA